GUUCGAAGGCGCGCGUGCUUCGACGGGCCGCAGGUUGCGAUUCCUUCAGUCCGCGCGUAUUCGCAAGAGACGCAGCGCGGCUCUCUUGGCUAGGUGAGAAGGGAUUAGUGCCAUAGUUCUUAAUUCAAAAAUGGUUUGCAAAGUAACGCCGGAGUUGCCUAAUCGGACGGAGCGAAAAGAAGUGCAAGAGGUUGCUGAUUAUGAAACAGCCCUGGAUGCAGCAGGUUACGGGCGCUUCAGCCGCAGCGCGCUCGGAGCAUGCGUAUGCGCAUUCUUCGCUUCAGGCGUGGAGAACUGCGCCAUGUCGUACGUUCUGCCUGCUGCCAGGUGCGAGCUUCAGCUGUCCACCUACCAGGCUGGACUCAUCAACAUGGCGUUUAUGAGCGGUGGUGUAGCAAGUGCCUUCUUCUGGGGGAUAGUGGGGGACGUGUAUGGAAGGAAGAACACCCUCAGCUUGACCCUGUUGUUGGACGCGGCUAUCACCCUGGCCCAGAGCACUGUCGCAGACUACAGGCUGUUAUUGGCUGCUAGAACUAUCAAUGGAUUUGUCAUCGGUGGUCCAGCUACUCUUGUGUUCUCGUAUUUAUCUGAUUUGGUGGGUGAGAAGAAACGUCAGUUAUACUUGAGCAUCGUCGGCAUGAGCUUCGUGGCAGCGUGGGUUAUAUUACCGGCUCUCGCCUGGUUAGUGAUACCAUUCAAGCUACCCGACUAUCCUACUAUACUGCCGAUUUCUUCGUGGCGACUGUAUCUAGCCCUGGGAAGUUUGCCAGGGUUUAUAGCUGGAGUAUGGGUGCUGUACUUGCCGGAGAGUCCACGUCUUCUUCUGGACACCAAUAGAGGAGACAGAGCGUUGAAACUUAUGGAAUAUAUUCAUAAAGGGAAUUUUGGAAAGAAUGCUGUUUUUAAGAUAAAGAAAUUGAUCCCGGACAACAUAUUCGUGGCUAAGACCUUGAACGGAGAAGAGAACAGAACUAAAGACUUGUUCAUGAAUGUAUUGAAAGAUUUGAAGGUCUUCAUCUCCAAGAGUUACGUCAUGAAGUCUUCUCUUAUACUUUUUGUUUUCUUCGCGAAUAUGUCUGCAGGCUUCGGUCUAAACAUGUGGAUACCAGAAUUGCUUCUCCGCAUGCAAGGAAGGGAAUGUAAGCUUGCCGCUGCCAAUCGAACUGGUAACGCUACGGUCUCCAACGCGACGAUAGCUUGGAAGGAGCUUACAAAACUGUAUGCUAGUUACCCAAAACCCGAACAAAUUAUUGGCUAUAAUGAUAGCGAGUUUGGACAUGAGGGGAGAGAAGAUACUUGUGAUGCUACUAUGGAUACAGAGGUGUUCACAUCAGGCCUCAUAGUGGGGGCAUGCUGCGUUCUCGGUAACGCAGCAUGUGCCAUCCUUUGCGCCAGAGGGGGUGCGCGAGGGGUGAAGAGGGCAGCAGCUGCUUGUGCAGGCGCCUGCGCACUCGCGUGCGCUUGCCUCGCUGCCAGCGCGUGCGCCUGUUCCAACUCCAACAAAAUGGCCGUAGCAGCCGCUGCAGCGCUGAAUGCUGCCUCGUUGAACGGCAAUGUGCUGCUGAUUAGGUUGUUACUACAUGCGCUGCCGGCUAAGUUAAGUGGUCUCGGUAUAUGCUGGGGCGCGUGGUGGGGCAGGGCUGGAGGCGUAGUAUCUAACUUGGCUGUUGGAGUGCUACUGGAUUUUUCUUGUCCAGCGCCAUUUAUAGCUGUUGCAGCAUUACUAGCACUAUCCAUUGGCGGUAUAAUGGUUAUCAAGCUAGAAGAUAACAAUGAAGAGGCAGUACAGAAAGAAGAAACGGACCAAGAAAGUGGGGCAGAGAAGAACUUAGGACUAGAUAGAUACAUAUCAACGUACAUGUAGGAUAAAUUAAAAAGUAGGUUUAAUUGACCAUUGCACUUUACGUGACUAAAUUGAAGAGUUUGCUUGUGGAAUACGUACUAGAAUACUCUGGAAGCAUUUUUAUUUGGCAGGUUUAUGUCAGUGUUGGUAAUAGGACUGGAAAAAUUAUGUAGAGACGAAGGAACCGAGAGACGAACGCACAGAAAGAAAACUUCCUGUAAAUAUAGCCAUGCACGGUCCGAGUUUUCUUAAAACUACCCUAUAACAAUGACUGACAUACUCCGCUCGUCGCGGCUGCACUAUUAUGUAGCUUUUAAACUGGAUACAUGAUAAUUUGGAUGUCUUGAACCUCAACCUUCAUCUCUUCACCUGUUACCGACGACAAUACAAAACCAGUUACAUAGAAGCUAAAAUUUUAAUAAUUCAAAAUGAGUAUGUGAGACGCUGUGACGGAAAAUCGUGAGAUUCAAAAUGUCGACUAUGAACCAAUUGUACUUAAAUCAAUAAGAGAUUUAAAUAUAGAUAUCGUCAAACGAGCCAUUAUAGUUUAAGUAUAUUUAAGAAUGUAUUUUUAUUUAUGUUAAGUAUAUAAAAAGCCAUAUCAUUAUUUAUCAUUUAUUAUUCGUUUAAGGUCAGUGGGCCUUAUUCCGUCUAAGAGGGUGAAUCCGUAUUUGAACAAUUACGAGCGUUCUAGUUGAAAGACAGCUUUUAUCGGUUUUUUAUACAUCAAAAACGGUUGCCCUAAUAAAAUAAAAAAUACAAUUGUUAGCUGGCUGUUAAAUUUGAAUUAUGAAGAAACAUAAUUAUUGUUAU